AUGGGAAAGCGAUCUGCCAAAGUGCUCGAGGAAGGAGCGGUCGCUGCGCCUGCUGCGGGGGAUGUUUCGAUGGACGUCGACGCUGCUGCCUCGCCGCGCAAGUCCAAGAAGAGCAAGAAGGACAAGGAGUCGUCCAAGGACAAGGACAAGGACGACGACAAGGAAGUUGCGGUCGAGUUGCUGUCACCGAUCGCGCGACCCCUCGCGCAGAAGAAGGCGGGCAAGCACGUGCUCAAGCUCGUCAAGAAGGGUACGUCGUCCGUUCAUUCCUGGGUGCACUUUGGGGGGAACGCCUGCGCCAUUGCGAAGCUCGCUGGCCACACCGACUGCUAGUCGUGGCCGCGUCUGAGCAACCUCCUCAGGUGUUCGCGUUGCCACGCUUAUGCUUGUUGGCUCAAGUAUUUUUUAACAAGCGACAACUGACAAUAGGUGGCGUACAUCUCUUGCUUGCGCCUUCGUCGUAUUCGCAGCCUCAAAGUCACGGCACCUCAAGCGAGGCGUCAAGGAGGUCGUUAAGUCGAUCCGAAAGGGAGAGAAGGGGUAAACCCAGCAUAUCGUGCUGUUUGGAUUCAAUUACCGACGCUUGAGAGCUUACGCUUGUGCUUUAACGCCAUAUCUUACAGUAUUGUCGUGCUGGCCGCCGACAUUUCGCCGCUCGACAUCCUCACCCAUCUUCCUCUGCUCGCCGAAGAGGCAAGCUGCCCUUACGUGGUACGUCAUCGGCAUACAGAUCAUUGUCGACGCCGCGUCUGUCUUCUCCGGACCGGCAUGGCGUGCCCCUAGCCAUGCCCUCAAUCCCCUACGUAUUCCUGCCUUCAUUGAGCUGACAAGUCCAGCCUUCCUGGUAUCCCUCGAACAGUGGGUUUCGUCGAAGGAGGCUCUCGGUGCUGCAUCGUCAACAAAGCGACCAACAUCGUGCGUCAUGGUCGCCAAACUCGGGAUGAAGAAGAAGCUCAAGGCCGGCGAGUCGGAGAAGGACGGCGCGAAGGAGGCAGAGGCCGAGUUUCAGGAGUCCUAUGGCGAGGUCGAGACCGAGGUAAAGCAGCUGGUGAGUGUGCAACUCGUUUCACAUCUUGUGGAUCGGGACCCAACUGACUCCACAGAGCCUAUCUCGGUCCUCUCUACUGGUGGUCGCCUCUAACAGGAUGAAAUCGUCCCUCUGUACUAG